AAUCUUUUCACAAAUGCAAUAAUGAUGCGUUUGAUUUUACUGCUGUCCGUUACAAGUAUUAUGGCAGCCGCCACGACCACUGGUCCAUACCAUGGCAAAGUGGUCAUGUGUCUCGCCGAUCCAUGGGAUGCUAGAGAAGCAGGAGAUAGGACAGAAUUAAGUCUAUGCACGCACCUCAUUUUAUCAUACGAUAGUUUGGUUCCUUGGGAUAAUGAAACCGGCAGAUAUGAACCAACACUAUAUAUGAAUGCUACAGAGUUGCAACAAAUGUAUCCACAUUUGAAGAUCUCGUUGGGAAUCCAGCAAUUUGACGACUACUAUUUCAAACUAGACCAAGAAAAACGUACUAUUUUUAUUCAAAAAGCCUUCGAUUUUCUCGUGCAGCAUAAAUUUGAUGGAUUGCACAUGAAAUAUAUUUUUCAUUGCACUUACUUGGCCUGUGUUAAUUGGCACACUGCGUUUUUGAAGGAGCUCAAAGAAAAACUUGAUGAAUGGCAGCUAUUAUUGACCUUGACAGUGUUGUCAUCCAAAGAAUCCAGUCCCACCACAUUUGAUUAAUAGAAGAAGGCCAUAGAAGAAUAUUUUAAUUUUAUACAUUUCCAAUUGCCGGCCAAUAAGCAGCCGAAUAGUUUCCAAGAUGCGUUGAAAUAUCGUAACAUCCAUGAUCUUGAGUACGUCAUUGAUAAGUCAAUCGAAUUGGGAGUGCCACCAACAAAAAUUCUAAUUGAAACACGUUUUGAAGGUCUUGAAAUGCACUUCGAUCAGAAUUUAGAACUUGUCCAUUCCUCUGAAUGCGAUAGCAAUUAUAUUUGUAGCAAAAUACUAUAUAAGCAUUACAAGAUUACCUAUAAUUCUGAAUUUGGUGUAGGAGUUGCAAUGAAUAUGAAACAAGAUCAUGGUUUUUUAAUCGAAAGUAGCCGUGUGAUUGCAAACAAGAUGAGAUUUGCAAUGAGAAGAAAUUUAGCUGGUGCUUUCAUCAAUGGAAUAGAUUUGGACGAUCAUCACAAUCGAUGUGCAUUUGCAUUUGAUAUGUACAGUGACUUCAAUUCACCAUUGGUUACUGGUGUACCAUUAGCCAUACCAACGCGAACGAAUAGAGAACAUUUUUUCGCAAACAUUUUGAACGAAGCAAUUAUCGUUGCUUUAUAUGAAAUUGAACAGGACAAUAUUAUAUACAAUUAUGGACAGAUUUAUUUA